UGCUUCCGUCGUCGGGCUCGCUCCCUGCUGUAUUCCGCUCGCCGCCCGAGAAGUGGAAAAUGAUGCCAAGACCGGUUAAUAUAUGACUAAGCAACGUCCUCGUAUCGUACGGUACCGUAAACUAAACGCUAGCCUCUUGCCUGCAAACUUCUCUUCUUCGCUCAUGAUCCAACAACAGAAUCUCAUGAUAGUGAUCUCAACGCCCACCAGCCCACCAGCCCGAAAGCUUGCCCGUCUCUCGUGCAGUUGAAUCCUCCAUACUCUAUUCAUUGGGUACUAGUUGCCGUAUUGUCAUUCUCACCCGCCGAUCAACCGAGCUCUACUCUCAGUGUUGUUUUGAUCUCCCAAACUUGGCCCUCCCACCUCAGUCACCGUCGUCUGGCUUACGUUUUUCCGUUGUCCCCAUAUCACGGUCCGAUCCUCGACCAGCACUCAGCUGCCGUGCCCCCGUCGCUCCCCUCUACUGGUUUUGCAUCUUUCCUUGCGCCAGCUGAGAAUCGGACCGGUGGUCUAUUGUUAAUGACGCCGUGGAUCUUGCUUUUCUCUCAGUUAUAAGGCAGCUGAAGUGAAUUCCUUGCCCAAUCACAUAAAACCCACCGAAGGAGCUCGCGUGAGAGCAGUCGACAGCUCGCAUACUCUGCAGCUCGACCUGAACCCUACUUUACUUCCCCCCCCCUCAUCCCUCCUCCGCUCGUUUCUCCCGCCGCCGCGAAUCCUUCGUCUCGGUUUCCCCGUCUUUCUUUUCUUUUCUGUCCAUUCCCCCCGCCUUGAGCUUGCUGCUAGUCGCGGCGAGAAAUGGCUGACCAAAAUGAGAUCGAUUUGGACUCUAUCAUAGAUAGAUUGUUGGAGGUGAGGGGUAGUCGCCCUGGCAAGCAAGUUCAGCUGCUGGAAUCCGAGAUUCGACAUCUCUGCACAAAGGCCCGGGAAAUUUUCAUCUCGCAGCCUAUACUCCUAGAGCUAGAAGCGCCAAUUAAGAUUUGCGGCGACAUCCACGGCCAAUACUACGAUCUUUUGCGCCUGUUUGAAUAUGGCGGUUUCCCCCCAGAAGCCAACUACCUCUUUCUAGGCGACUAUGUUGACAGAGGUAAACAAUCGCUAGAAACAAUCUGCCUUCUCCUUGCAUACAAGAUUAAGUAUCCCGAAAACUUUUUCGUCCUACGGGGCAACCAUGAGUGUGCAUCCAUCAACCGUAUUUAUGGAUUCUAUGACGAAUGCAAACGAAGAUAUAAUAUCAAGCUGUGGAAGACCUUCACCGAUUGUUUCAAUUGCUUGCCUAUUGCUGCCAUUAUUGACGAGAAGAUUUUCACAAUGCAUGGCGGGUUGAGUCCUGAUUUGAACUCGAUGGAACAAAUUCGACGCGUCAUGCGCCCUACAGAUAUUCCGGAUUGUGGCCUUCUCUGCGACCUUCUCUGGUCUGAUCCCGAUAAAGACAUCACAGGCUGGAGCGAAAAUGACCGGGGGGUAUCGUUCACCUUUGGACCAGACGUGGUUUCAAGGUUCUUGCAGAAACAUGACAUGGACCUUAUAUGCCGUGCUCACCAAGUAGUUGAAGACGGAUACGAAUUCUUUUCCAAACGUCAGCUGGUCACACUUUUUAGCGCUCCGAAUUAUUGCGGGGAAUUUGAUAACGCUGGAGCCAUGAUGAGCGUUGAUGAAAGCCUUCUCUGUUCAUUCCAAAUUUUGAAACCAGCGGAAAAGAAACAAAAGUACGUCUACGGGGGCAUCAGCACAGGCAGACCCACCACUCCCCCUAGGAAACAGAAAAAGAAGUAGAAAUCAUACGAACUCCUCCAUGUGUAACAGGUUCGGACGGAGAUAAUAUCUCUUGUCAAUAUUCCCAGCGAUCCAAGCCCUCCCAAUCGGGUUUCCACGGUACUAGAAAUCCCCGUCUUGUCCGCAUAAUUCACAACACCGUUUCGCACUCCCAUUACGCCCUUGUCGCUGAUUCCAACCCGAUAUCUCCCACCGCCAAAUCCAUCUUAAACAAUUCGAUACCUUCCGACAGCUCGACGACGAUUACUUGGUGCUUUUAAAUUCGACGAAUGUUGGACCUUGCUUCCCUUUUUUUCCCUUCAAUUGUCCUGUCAAUGUCCUUUGGUGUAAUUUUCUUAUUUUUCUUUACUCCCCGUUUUCCCCUCUUUUGCCGGAGUGGAAAGAAGGUUGCUCUUCUCUUUCUCGCAUCGGUAUCUGAGGGAGUGUAGGUGGUGUGAUCAUUUUAAUGCGAAAACAAGGUCGUCCUUUUAACUUUGACUGUUUUUACUCUUCUUUUUCUUUUUCCCCGCCUCUUCUUUCCUCGCUUAUUACUUAGUUUAUGCGAUAGCAAUGUAUGAGCAGUGAUACUUUUCUCCUUGCCCCUUCCAUCUCUUUCUUUGUCUUUGCCCGGAGGGUGGGAAAACAACAGCAGAUGAGGGCGAGGUUGGGGUCAGAAUGGACAGGGGGCUUAUGGGUUUAACGAGAUCCGUCAAGGCUUUUUACCCCAGGCGUAUGAUAAGUCUACACGAGCUGAC